AUGGCACGCUACCGACCCGAGAGUCGACCCGUUGACCAUGCUCGGAUAGAAGGUGUGGGAGCGUUCAACCUGUGUUUCUGGAUGAUCUUUGAAGAUGGAUUCUCUUCUCUCCUACGCUUUCCUGGUCCUGGUAGGGUGAUGUUUCCCGAGGAAAAGGUGCGAAAUGAGGUUGCGGUUAUAACCUUCCUGAAACAAAACACGAAGAUCCCUGUGCCCACCGUUAUUCACUAUGGCAUGGGCGAUGAGAGUCCUGCGGGACUAGGUCCGUUUAUUCUUAUGGAGUAUGAGAAACUCGAGUUUUUCUACGGUCAGGUAGCUGAUAUUCUACUGAAGCUCUCCAAGCCAUCUUUUGAGAAGAUAGGCUCGCUAGCCAGAGAUACAAAUGGCGACUGGAAGGACUGUCGCUCCAAGUACGUUGCCAGAAUGUUAUUCUACAAACUGGCAGAAGAGUCCUGUCUUCAAAAUCCUACUACGUUUGACUCUGGCCCAUUCAAGCUUUUUUGCGAUGACCUCCGCCCUACCAACAUUCUCCUCGAUGAUAACAUGAAAAUAGCCGCAGUGAUUGACUGGGAAUUCACAUACGCCGCCCCUUGGCCACGCGAAAUAUCAGAUUGGAUAAAAACCUAUCAGCCACGUCUCGAUACCUUUCUUCGGGUGCUCAAGUGCCAGGAAGAUAUUGCUAUCGCUGCCGGUAACUUGAUGGAGGAGCAGCGGCUUUCUGGAAAACUGCGGGAAAGUUGGGAUUGCGAUAAUUUCUGUGUCAACUAUGGCGUGCGCAAGAGCUGGGCCUUUGAUUCUGUGUGGCCAAUGAUGGAUGCAAAGUUCUUUGGUGGUGAUACAGCCCUAGACCAACGCGACUCACUGCUCUAUAGUGAGGAGAAAAUGGGGUUACUUGAUAACGCGGACAGGGAGGCAAUGGAGCCUUUUAUUUGGAAGAAGUUGGAAGAUAGCAAGGAGCGGGUUCUAGAUGGUUGGGAUGCGUAGUGAUUACUUGACCGAUUGUGUUGUUUAGC